AUGGCUGUGAUCAACGCACAAGUCAGUGAGCUCAUCAGGAGUCUGCGUAAGAAAGGCUGGACGACUAGCGCUAUCGCCAAACACUUGGCCACAACUGGAAUAAGAGCUUCCUUGCGAACUAUCCAGCGUCAUUGCCGAUGUGCUGUUGUGGAGAAGAAGAAGGGGCGCAAGCCACGUAAAUUGACAAGUCAGGUGAUGGAAAUAAUAGACUCCAUCCUGAGAGCAGACGAUGAACUACCAGCAAGAAAAGUAAAAGAGCUUCUCCAAAGCAGGCACAACAUAACGAUCGGCUUACACUCGAUUCUUCCAAGACAACGAUCCAAAACACACAGCAAAAAGUGUCAAAGCCUGCAUUCAAAGGGAGGGGAUCAACUGGGUACCGACACCGGCAGAGUCGCCGGAUCUGAACCCCAUUGA